GUCAACUUGACGCGGAUUUUCGUUAGAAAACAGCUGAUGCGUACAGUGGAUACUGCAUAACUGGCGGAUGACUAUUGAUUUUUGUCAAAGUCUGCCUUCACUUCUUUCUGCAUUGCGGGUCUAAAGGAAAAUAUUAACUUGAAGGAAUAGUGCGAAGUUAUAAAUAAUAGAAGAUUCAUAUAAUACACAUAAAAUGGCUUUUAAAGUUACAAAAUGUCCAACGGACGAGUUGAUGAUCACAAAUUGUGCAAUAGUGAAUGAAAGAGAUUUCAGUGCUUCAACUAAGCAUAUCAAAGUGGGUACUGGAGGAGGACAAGGCUUUGUCUUCUCUAUAAAAAGUCAUUCAGAAAUACCAAGAAACAAUGUGGGUUUCAACUUACCCCAAAGAAAAUGGGCUUGUUUAUCCAUCAAUCAGGAAAUUGAUGUUUCUCCUUAUAUUCCUCAAGAUUACAUAUCAGGAAUUACAUUUGAAGCCGAUUUCCAAAUGAAAAAGAGUAUCACGCAAGAACAAUAUGAUACCGAUGAAAUGGCAAAAGAAUUUUCCUAUUCUUUUCCUAAUCAGAUGUUUACUGUGGGACAGCAAUUGGCCUUCCAGUUCAAGGAUAAAAGAAUGUUAAUCUUAGUGGUAAAAGAAAUUGAAGCUGUAAAUAUAUCGUCAAUGCAAGGAAAUAGUGAAGCUAAACCCAGAAAGGUCAAAUUAGCACAACUUAUUCCUAAUAGUGUCGUUACUUUUGAAAAAGCCGAGGGUUCACCAUUGAACCUUGUAGGGAAUUCUAAGGGAAAAGUGGUUCGUCAGUCGAUCAUCAAUCCAGACUGGGAUUUUGGGAAAUUAGGAAUCGGUGGCUUGAGCAAUGAGUUCAACGCCAUCUUCAGGAGAGCUUUCGCGUCGCGAGUUUUUCCACCGGAAAUUGUUGAACAGCUUGGCUGCAAGCAUGUCAAGGGUAUACUGUUGUAUGGUCCGCCAGGUACUGGUAAGACACUGAUGGCUAGGCAGAUAGGAAAGAUGCUGAAUGCUCGUGAACCUAAGAUUGUCAACGGUCCACAAAUUCUCGAUAAAUAUGUUGGUGAAUCUGAAGCCAACGUGAGGAGGCUGUUUGCCGAAGCUGAAGAGGAAGAAAAGAGGGCUGGCCCCAACAGUGGACUUCACAUCAUAAUCUUUGAUGAAAUCGAUGCCAUAUGCAAACAAAGAGGUUCGGUUGCCGGUAACACUGGUGUUCAUGACACCGUAGUAAAUCAGUUACUUUCGAAAAUGGAUGGUGUUGAACAACUGAAUAACAUCUUGGUCAUUGGUAUGACAAACAGGAAAGACAUGAUUGAUGAUGCCCUCUUGAGACCUGGUAGAUUAGAGGUCCAGAUCGAAAUCAGCCUUCCGAAUGAAAAGGGUCGUCUGGAAAUUCUGAAUAUUCACACUGCUCGAAUGAAACACUACAAAAAGAUUCAUUCAGAUGUCGAUAAUAAGGAGCUAGCAGCCCUUACCAAAAAUUUCUCAGGCGCCGAAUUAGAGGGUUUGGUAAGAGCCGCCCAAUCAACGGCGAUGAACAGGCUGAUAAAGGCUGCUCAUAAAGUGGAGGUAGAUCCUGAUGCAAUAGAAAAACUUCUGGUGACAAGGGAAGAUUUCUUGCAUGCUCUGGAACAUGAUAUCAAGCCGGCAUUUGGUACCGCACAAGAAAUACUGGACCAGAUCUUGGCACGUGGUAUCAUAAACUGGGGCUCGCCCGUCAGCAAAAUUCUGGAAGAUGGUAUGCUGUUUAUUCAGCAAGCCAGAACAACAGAAACUUCAGGUUUGGUAUCUGUACUGAUCGAGGGGCCACCAAAUGCAGGAAAAACAGCCUUAGCUGCUCAGCUCGCUAAGAAUUCCGAUUUCCCAUUCAUCAAAGUUUGUUCACCAGAAGAAAUGGUCGGUUACACAGAGACAGCGAAAUGUUUGCAUAUACGAAAGGUAUUCGAUGACGCCUACCGAUCAACCCUAAGUUGCAUAUUGGUUGAUAACAUCGAGAGAUUAUUGGAUUAUGGUCCAAUCGGCCCUAGAUAUUCAAACCUGACGCUCCAAGCGCUGUUGGUCCUGCUCAAGAAACAGCCUCCUCCUGGAAAAAAGUUGUUGGUUUUAUGUACCACGAGCACAAGACAACUCUUGGAAGACAUGGAAAUGUUGUCGGCAUUCACUGGUAUUCUCCACAUUCCGAAUCUGUCGAAAGCUGAACAUCUAAGAAACGUGUUGGAAAACACCGAUUGCUUCGAUCAGAAGGAAAUAAAAGCUAUCGAACCACAUAUCCAUGGAAAACGGAUUUCUAUCGGUAUAAGAAAGCUGUUAGCUUUGUUAGACAUGGCGAAGCAAACUGACGAGAAGCAUAGGAUUAUUAAGUUUAUAUGCAAGUUGGAAGAAGAUGGAGCGCUGGAGGAUCCUGGUAUGGCAUAGAAGAAAAGGAGAUUGAGUAACGUGUACAAGAACGUUAAGUCUUGUUUGAGAUCUCAUAGUAUUCAUAUUUAAUUGGUAUUCUUGUCAUCGAAAAUUUAGGAUGAUUUUUAUAGGUUUGACACGUUAUUAGCAUCUGAAGAAGCUUUCACAGAUUGUAAUAUAAUAUAUAUUCAUAUGUCAAUGUGCUCUCCUUCCGUUGAAUAGUUGUUUAAUUUUUAAAAGAUAUCCCGGAACAGGUUUGGUGCGGAAUUGGAAGAAAAAUAUGGGGCUGAUUAAUUUUUAUUUGCUUCAUAAUGAAUUUAGGUAUACAAAAAAACAUUUAACAAAAUAUUACGUUGCAGUUUUUGUACUGUAGUAGUCUUCCAAAGACUGAGUAUAAAGCAAUUUUGAAUAAAUAUUAAAAUUACUAAAAAAGCAUUCAUGUAAGUCUACCACUAGUCAAUUCCAGUAACCAGGUACAUUAAGGUAAGGUGUGGUUGAGCCAGAUUGAGGUUAGGAUGAAAAGUCCCCUCACUGUGUAAUAUUUUGGCUAACCACAGACAAAUAUUAAAAAUUUAUUCUUAUCCAAAGUGUUUCAUCGGUAGUAAUGGUGGUUUAUUCUUCUAAAGUUCAUUAGAACUAUUUAAUCUGAUGUUAAGCAGGAUGUGACAUUAUUGUAUGUAUAUAUUUUGGAGUAUCGUGUUAAUAUUUAUUGACUUAUUGUAUAUGAUGUGAUAAAUUUCUGUACUUAGAUGAAGAUUUUUAACAUAACUUUAUCCAUCGAAAGAAUCCUUCCUAUUCAAUAUAUGUUAUAUAUUUUAUUUAGGAUUGUUACCAAAGUGUGCAACAUAAUUUGACUUCGUUGAUUGUUUAGUAUAAAUAAAUAUAUUUUGUUUCCUGUCCAGAAUAAAAUACAAUUUGUCUGUGGUAAACUCAUUCGCAGCAUGAGAAACUAUAUAUGUAAAGUACUGUAAUUGAAAUUUUUCACAUAUAAUCAUCAAAAAAAAGUAUAUAAAUUGCAUUUAAUGUAAAAAAGGGAGGUUCAAAUAAUUAAAUACUCGCCAAUUAUUGUUUUAAAUAAGUCUUUCACAUUCAGGCAGUAAAAUUUAAUAAAUUACUAUAAUAUCAAAUAAUAGAACGAUAAGAAAGGAGUAUUAUUUAUUUUUUUUAAUGUUCACAAACCACUUAUAAACAUUCUACAUGUAACAUUCCCGUAAAUAUAGCAAUCAUUAAGUCGAAACAAGUAUUAGUAUUAUUUAAUCGUACAUUCAUGGCUGUUCAAAUGAAUUGUAACUAAUCAAGUACGACUUUUAUUAGUAUUAUCGUUAUACAAUCCUCAUGCAUGGACACAAGAAAUUAUAUGUUAGAGUUGAA